GGACUCCGGUUGCGUGUUUCUGACCAUGGCGUUGGUUGAUCUGGUAUGGAUAAAGCUUGGGAUUUUGGCUUGCUGGAGUUGGUACAGUUUGGCGUCUGUUGCGCCACAGUACCACUGGUCACAUGAAGACUUCUCAGAUCCAAAACAAAUUAAGGGACUUCAAUCGUGACUGAUUUCUCCAUCUCCUGAUCUAUGCACUGCCAUGGCGAAGGAUCAAACCACUGUCUUCAGUUUCAGAUACGUCUGCUACUUCCUCCUCCUUCUCUCUGUCUUCUCCUCCAUCUCGUUCAUCCACUGGUCUCACUGUUCUGAAGCUCGAAAUUCUCAUCUCCAAAUGUUGGAAAAUGAUGAGCAAAAUCAAGCAAUUAAUCUCCUUUCUUUCCCAUCUGCGUGGAACCAUCUUUCCUUUUCUUCAAAACCACCUUCAAAGCUCCUCAAGAUUGCUCUGUUUGUGAAGAAAUGGCCGCAGAGAUUUCACGCGGGAGGGCUUGAGAGGCAUGCUUUGACUCUCCACCUUGCCCUGGCCAAAAGAGGCCACGAUCUCCACAUCUUCACUGCCAAUCCUCCAAACUCACCCCUUCCAAAAUACCCAAUAAGUAAUCUCCAUUUUCACUUCUCAAAGCCAACGGCUGCUGGUUACCUGGAUCAAGCUUCAGUGUGGGCGCAAUUUCUGGCCCAGAACUCAACCGGGAGGCCUUUCGAUGUGAUCCACACUGAAAGCGUAGGCCUCAUGCAUACCCGGUCCCGGAAUCUCACCAAUCUGGCUGUUUCCUGGCAUGGAAUUGCUUAUGAAGCCAUACACAGUGACGUAAUUCAGGAACUUCUCCGAGAUCCUGCAGAGCCACAGGCAAAAGCACUGGCCCAGAGAGCUUUGAAGGUUGUUGAAGAGGUGAGGUUUUUCCCAAGAUAUGCUCACCAUGUUGCUACCAGUGAUCAUGUUGGGGAUGUCCUGAGAAGGAUCUAUAUGAUCCCGGAUGAUCGAGUUCACGUCAUCCUGAAUGGCGUCGAUGAGGGGAUCUUCCGGCCAGAUGGCUCCAGAGGCAAGGAUUUCAAGCAGAAAUUUGCAGUUCCAAAGACCAAGUCAUUGAUCUUGGGAAUGGCUGGGAGGUUGGUUAAAGACAAAGGGCACCCACUAAUGUUUGAAGCUCUGAAGCAAAUGUUCGCGGAAAACAUUACAUUUCGGGAAAGUGUUGCUGUUUUGGUGGCUGGGGAUGGACCAUGGGGUGGUAGAUACAAAGACUUGGGCACCAAUUUGCUGGUUUUGGGGCCAGUGGAGCAGGCUCAACUGGCAGGUUUCUAUAAUGCUAUAGAUCUCUUUGUGAAUCCAACCCUCAGAGCCCAAGGAUUGGAUCAUACCCUAUUAGAAGCAACACUUUCCGGCAAGCCAGUCAUGGCGACAAGGCUCGCCAGCAUUACGGGGUCUGUGAUUGUCAGCAACGAAAUGGGCUAUACAUUUUCUCCCACAGUGAGUUCGCUGAAGAGGGCUCUGUAUCAGGUUUGGGAAGAUGGGAGAGGAAUUCUAGAGAAGAAAGGCAUGGUGGCUAGAGGAAGGGGUUUAACGCUCUUCACUGCGACCAAGAUGGCGGCUGCCUAUGAGAGGUUGUUCCUUUGCAUCUCAUCUGAGCAGGAAAUGGGUAACGAUUAUUGUAGAUACCAGCCUUCAUCUGGUUAGAGAAAACAGAUUCAGGACCGUAAUUAGUCGGCAAAAAUUUACCUCCAGUAGGAGUGGCAGGAGGGAAAGGUUUCGGUUUCAAACUGAUGCAUCUGCUUUUCUGGAAACCUCGAAUAAAGGCGGAAAAAUGAACUCAAGCUGCCAACUCUUGCUACCCUUUUUGGGUACCUCCAAGAGCCAUUCCUUUAGCAAUUAGCUGGCGAAAGGUGAGAGAUUUUGUUUGUUUUUCUUUUCAUGAAUGCCUCUUGUUCUGAAUAAGACGUGAUCAGAUCCAUGUUUAACAUACAAAGCUCAGUAGUGUCAGCUGAUAAUUUCUGUGACUCGGCAACCUGCUAAAGUUGUCAUAAUCGAAGUUCACAUCUUAAGUCUGAAAUGCUAGUACUCUUCAAAUAAAGAGUUUGCUUGAAGCUAUUUUAGCUUUUAUAUAACGAACGUACAGCAUGGAAACAGAUCUAGACUUCCAAUCAUCCUUCUAGUGGACGUAGUGUAUUCAAACAGGC